GCAAACAUAAAAAAAAAAAAAAUUCCUCUGCAAAGUAAUAAUCAAAUCCCAAAUCACUAGAAAUCAUGGGUGUUUUCACAUAUGAAUCUGAGGUUAUUACAGCAAUCCCACCAGCCAAGAUGUUUAAGGCUUGCAUCGUUGAUGGUGACACUCUCAUUCCCAAGAUUGUUCCUCAGGCUUUUAAGACCAUUGAGUACAUUGAAGGCAAUGGUGAGCCUGGUAGCAUCAAGAAGGUCACUUUUGGAGAAGGAAGCCAGUUCAAUUAUAUGAAGGAGAAGCUGGAAGCAUUAGACAAAGAUAAAUUAGUGUACAGGUACAGUGUGAUUGAAGGGGAUGCAUUGAUGAACAAACUGGAGAAAAUCACUUACGAAACCAAGUUGGAGGCAUCACCGGGUGGGGGAUCCAUUUGUAAGACCAGCAGUAAAUAUUACACCAUUGCUGACUUUGAGAUCACAGAAGAAGGAAUCAAGGCUGGCAAAGAAAAAACCUUGCAAAUAUUCAAGGCUGUUGAAGCUUAUCUCCUGGCAAAUCCUGACAAAUAUUGAAAAUAUCCCAAUAUUAUGUUUGCAGCCGCUGCAA